AUGGCGCGACACAGCUCCAGGAAGCGAUUCUAUCUGUCCCGUCCAGAGCCCGAUCUCCUCACCACCCGCCGCAACAUCACGCACAUCAUCCCUCCACCGCCACCGCCACCGCCACCGCCCAUCGAGCCUUGCCCCGUCGUUGAGGAACCCGCGGAACCAGAGCCUGAGCCCGAACCUGAACCACUGCCAUGUCUGCCACCGUGCGCUCCUGAGCCAAGUGUUUCGCCAUCUGUCCCGGAGCCUGAGACGCAGAUAGAAGUCAUCGCUGUGGACGUCGAGCCCUCGGUCAGGUCACACAAGUCCAGUCGCAGUCACAGUCACAGUCGCUCACGGCGCCACUCCCAGGCCCGCCAGAAAGAGGUGUACAUUGAACGCGAUCGCUUUAUUCCCGUUCCCGUUCCCGUUCCCGUUCCCGUGGAGCCCAAGUACGACACUUUCCGAUACGUCGAGGCGCCAAGGAGAUUUAUUGAACCCUCCCCCCCCCCGCCGCCCCUCAUGAUCCAGGAUAGGGGCAGAGUUACCCACGUCCAUGUCCACACUGCAGAAAGAGAGGGAAAAGAGACAUAUCAUGCUGGUGACUGGGAUAGAUACGGUCACCAUCGCCGAUGA